ACAGGGGCCAACUAGCCCGGGCGCAGUGGCAUUCUCGUAGAUUUGUGUCAUGUCAGGGGCAUUUGACCUAUGGUUUUGUAGAAACUGGGAUUUAUUCGUCUGUGUCCCCAUGCAUCUCACCUUGUUUUGAGUCCAUUUCAAGUCUUCUCAAAGCUCGUUUCGAGUUGAAUCUCUCUUUCUUUAAUAGAUGUUUCUCAUUUCCCAAGCUUAGAGUUCAUUGAAGUCUCCUUGAGCGCAAAAUCACUAUAUGGCGACAGGAAUUUCGGCUUCUUUAAACUCCAUGUCGUGCCGUUUGGGCCGGAAUAGUUUCACAGCCACCGGACCCAGCUCGGUGAUAAGUUUGUCGUCUUUCUUAACUCCGGUGACCCACUUGAAGGGGAAUAUUUUUCCUCUGCAGAGAAGGAGGAGCUUGAAGGUGUGCUUGGUCCUGGAGAAGAAAAUUGAAGAUGGUAUUGAAAUUGAGGACGACAGUCCGGAAAGCUCGAACAGGGCCUCUGAGAGACUAGCGAGGAAGAAAGCGGAAAGAUACACUUAUCUUGUUGCUGCUAUGAUGUCUAGCCUCGGCAUCACUUCAAUGGCUAUCGUUGCUGUCUACUACAGAUUUUCUUGGCAAAUGGAGGGUGGAGAAAUCCCAGUUCUGGAAAUGUUGGGUACAUUUGCUCUUUCUGUGGGAGCUGCUGUGGGGAUGGAGUUUUGGGCGCGGUGGGCUCACAAAGCGCUCUGGCAUGCUUCACUGUGGCAUAUGCACGAGUCUCACCAUCGACCCAGAGAAGGUCCUUUCGAGCUCAACGAUGUGUUUGCCAUCAUCAAUGCCGUCCCGGCAAUAUCUCUGCUCUCCUAUGGCCUCUUCAACAAAGGCCUCGUCCCAGGUCUCUGUUUCGGAGCUGGACUAGGAAUAACAGUGUUUGGCAUGGCCUACAUGUUUGUCCACGACGGCCUUGUCCACCGUCGAUUCCCUGUCGGACCCAUCGCCAACGUCCCUUAUCUACGAAAAGUAGCUUCGGCCCACCAACUUCAUCACUCUGACAAAUUUAAUGGAGUUCCAUACGGGCUGUUCUUGGGACCCAUGGUCAGUGCCUUUUUCUUUUUGAAUUUAGCCCCCACAAGCCCCCGGGCCCACCAUGAAUAUAUCUAUGUUUUGUCAUUUGGGUUGCAGGAGCUGGAAGAGGUGGGAGGCAUGGAAGAGUUGGAAAAGGAGAUCAAUAGAAGAAUUAAAUCAUCUGACUCUUCAUGAAUCAUGAAUCAUGACAGCCAUUUUGUAAAUAUGGAAUAUGACAUCAAUCAGUAUGCAGUCUUAUACAAAUGAGAAAAAAGCUUUUCUUUUC